AUUCACUAACACUGUGUUAACUGGCUGCCUUACCGUAUUUUCAGUCCUCGGGUCCACUGACUGAAACAGGGCAAAUCAUGUAAGCGCUAGUGCAUUAUCCCAUCUCUUUCUACUCCUAAUCCCUCUGCCUGACUUCUAUCCGUGACACCGUUGCUUUCUAACGCCAGGGUGUAAGGGGUCAGAUUAGGUUACACUCAGUCACUGACACACACACACACACGCAUACGCGCCAACUUGUAAGUCAUACUCUGUUACAAAUACCUAACUGGCCAUGAAUUAUUACACAACUAGAAGGUUACACUCCGCGGAGUCAGACAUGCAACGCAUACAACAAUAAGUCGGAGCGGUGUGAGGAGGAUCCAUGGAGGAUGGAUGUAUCAGUUCUACCUAACAGCAACCACCCAGAGAGGUUUCUACAGCUGGAUGUAAGGAAGCUACCCAUCAGCCAUGGAGUAUUUCAGGUUGGGGCGGCCAUCACCAGUCAGAGACAUUGGCAAAAUAGGUUAUACACUCAGAGGGAGCAAGGAACGGUCAGCGGCCGCCAUGAACGGUCAUCUCCUUCCCCAGAGGGAACCCCUGUCAUGUUCGCUGACAGAUACAUGGAGAAACACAUCACUCCUGUCACCUUUAAUCCCAACGUGAAGAGGAACCCUCUAUACACAGACGCAAGACCUGCAGAAAGAGAGGACCCUGAACCAUUCAAACCCUCGUGGACAAUUAAAGAGUACGACCAGCGUUCUGUCCAUGGCCACCUGGCAGGCUCCAUGAUGGGUGAAGAAAAGACGGCCAAGGAUUUGGAUUACUGGCUUGAGGAUCUCUACACGCCUGGGUUUGAUUCCCUGUUAAAAAAGAAAGAAGCGGAAUAUAGAAGAAGAAAGCUCUGCAAAAUAUUUACCUUUGUAAUUCUAUUGAUAUCUGUAAUCAUUGUAGUCGUAACUGUGCCAAUUGUACUCACAAAGAAAAAUUAGUUUCAAUUUUCAUUUUUUUUAUGUAUUAUGUUCUUAUUCAUUAAAACCUUUUUAUCAAUUAACAUUACUGCUCACCAGAUAAGAAAAGUUGAUAUACAAAAAAAUUAUACCGGAUAAUUGAGU